AUGGCGACUUCAAGUAUACUACGCCGUGCAUUCCUUUAUGUCCCCUCAUCAUCCCCCAAAUUCCUCCAAAAGACAUAUAAUCUGACCGCAGAUACUGUAUGCUACGAUCUUGAAGACAGCGUUGCGCCUGCGAAGAAACCUGAAGCGAGAGACAAUCUACGAAAAUUUCUGUCAGACAAACGGCCGCCAAAUAUCACAGAACUAUGUGUUCGUAUAAACGAUGUUUCCACAGGCCUGGCGCUCGAUGAUUUAAGCAGCGUUUUAAAAGCGGACCAUAUAGAUGCAAUUGCAGUACCUAAAGUUGGAAGCGCGAGCGAUAUGCAUUUCAUAACAGAUGUGAUCAGACAUCAAUUGCCAGAUAGACAUCCAAGCACCCCCUCUGCGGAUUCGAAUCCGGUCAAGAUCAUUGCACUCAUCGAAACCGCGGAAGCGAUUAUGAAUUUGAAGGAGAUAUGUCAAGCUUCACCAUAUAUAUCUGGUCUGGUCUUUGCAGCGGAAGAUUUCGCUAGGGAUUUGUCGAUCACGAGAACGCCUUCACUUACCGAGUUCUUGUAUGCGAGGUCUGCGAUUGUGACGGCGGCGAGAGCAUUUAAUCUGCCGUCGACGAUUGAUCUCGUGUGUACGAAGUUUAGAGGAGAGGAAGGAAUGAAGACGCUGGAAGAGGAGUGUUUACAAGGGAAACAGAUGGGCUUCAAUGGGAAGCAGUGUAUACAUCCUACGCAGGUGGAGACUGCUCAAAGGGUGUUUGCACCUGGGAAAGAAGAGGUGGAGUAUUCAGUCCGAAUUCUGAUUGCUGAUAGCAAAGCUACGGCUUCUGGACGGGGCGCAUUUACGCUCGAUGGGAAGAUGAUUGAUGCACCAGUCGUUGGAAAGGCGAGGAUGGUUGUCAAGAGAGCGGAGCUUUGUGGGUUUGAUGUUAAGGCUGUUGAAGAAGAGUGGAAAGAUCAAGAGCCGGAAUGA